AGGGGGAAGAGGCAUUUCCGUGCUCGGACUAUUUUCAGCUUCAUUGUCGUGUGUUUUGGCUCCGUUUCGUAUGCGUACUCUGCCGGGGUGAUUGGAAACAUGAUUGCACAACCCAGCUUUUAUCCGUAUAUGAAACUGAAUGACUCCAACGCCGCGGCCCUUAUCGGUGCAACGACCUCACUUUACUACGCUAGUGGCGUCUUGGAAGCAAUUUUCUGCCACUAGAUCGGAGAUCGUUUUGGUCGGAAGACAUCCAUUUACAUAGGGGGUGCUGUCCUCAUGGCCUGGGCGGCUCUUUGUGCAGGCUCGGUUCACAUCGCCAUGUUCAUUGAAUUUCGCUUCGUCAGCGGGUUUGGGGCACUGACCUUGUCAAUGUCCAUUCCAGUAUCGAUUACCGAAUGUGUCCCGCCGGAAGUGAGAGGCGCAUUUGCCCAGUUCCAC